AUGAAAAUAUUUAAUAAAAAAAAAAGAAAUUUAAAAAAAAAGAGAACGACAUAUCCAAAUAUUUAUUUUAAUACUUUUAAAAAUAAUUUUUUUUUUUCAAAUAACAACGAAAAAAAAAUAAAAUCAUUAUUUUCUGAUAAUGAAAUUUCAACCACAAAAUAUACAAGAUAUAAUUUUAUUUUUAAAAAUUUAUUUGAACAAUUCAAAAAAUAUACAAAUAUUUAUUUUGUAAUUGUUAGUGUAAUAACAUUAAUUCCAGAAGUUAGUCCAUUGGAUCCAUCAACUACUAUAUUACCAUUAGGUUUGAUUGUUGGGUUAACAGCUAUUAAAGAAGCGUACGAAGAUUUUAAAAGAUAUAGAGCGGAUAAAUCAUCAAAUUAUAAAGAAUAUUUAAUAUAUCAACUUCCAAAACCAAUACCUCAACAACAACAACCACCACUAUCAUCAUCAACAACACCAUUACCACAAAAACAACAACAAGAAAAUUAUGAUAUAGAAUCAUCAAAAUUUAAAUUAAUUAAAAGUAAAAAUAUAAAAGUUGGUGAUAUUAUAAAGAUAGAUAAUAAUCAAUCGAUUCCUGCAGAUAUAAUUUUAUUAAGUUCUUCAUCAUUAGGCGAUGGUGUAUGUUUUGUAGAAACUAGUGAACUCGAUGGUGAAUCAAAUUUAAAAAUUUUUAAAUCAUGUAAUGAAACACAUUCAAAAUUUAAAAAUAUAUCAUUAAAUUUAAAUGAAUCACAACAAGAACAACAACAACAAUUUAUAAAAUUAAAAGGUAAUAUUCAAUGUGAAUUCCCAAAUAAUAAUUUAUAUAAAUUUAAAGGUAUAUUAAAUUUAGAAAAUGACAAUGAAAACAAUAAUAAUGAUAAUAUUGAAGAAAAUUUAAAAACCACCACAACAACAGAAAUAACAACAAUAUCAUUAUCAGAAAAACAAUUAUUAUUAAGAGGAUCAACAUUAAGAAAUACAGAAUUUAUUUAUGGUAUUGUAGUUUAUUGUGGUAGAGAUACAAAAUUAAGUUUAAAUCAAAAGAGUCCACCAUCAAAAUAUUCAACAGUUGAAAAAAUGAUUAGUAAAUCAGUUAUUGGUAUAUUUAUAUUUAAAAUGAUAUUAGUAAUAAUAUCAACAAUUGUUGGAACAUUAGUAACAGAACGUACAACUAAUAAAAGUUGGUAUCUUUGGAUAAAUGAAGAACCAGACUCAAUUGGAUUAGUAAUUGUUAAAACAUUUUUCGCUUAUUUUGCAUACUUAUCGUUUUUAGUACCAAUGUCAUUAUUAAUUACAUUGGAAAUUGUUAAAGUUUCACAAGGUGGUUUUAUGCAAUUCGAUCUAUUAAUGAGUUAUAAAGAAAAACAAUAUAGAAAGCAACUAUUACAAUAUGAACAAAAUCAAAAUAAUCAAAAUCAAAAUCAAAAUCAAAAUAAUGGUGAUUUAGAAUUACAACAACAACAACAACAACAAAAACAAUUUACAAAAUCAAUAUCAUCAACAUCAAUUUCAAAAUCAAUAUCAAAAGAUAAUUUAAAAUCAGAAAUUCUUAAAGACGACGACAGUAGUGGUAGUGGUAGAGAAAAUAAAAUUGUACAUAAAUAUAUGACUGUAAAAAAUAGUAAUUUAAAUGAUGAAUUAGCAUUGGUUAAAUAUAUAUUCUCUGAUAAAACUGGUACAUUAACAGAGAAUAAAAUGAUUUUUAAAAAAUGUUCAAUUGGUGGUAAAAUUUAUCAAUCACCAAAUGAAUCACAAUUAUUAAAUGAAAUUAAAAACAAAUCAUCAUCAAUGGAAUUAGAAGAGAUUGUAUCUGAAGGUGGUGAAACUAUUGAUCAAAAAUUUGUAAAAGAAUUUUUAAUUAAUAUGACAACUUGUCAUUCUGCUGUUUCUGAAUUAGAUCAAGAUGGAAUUGCAAUUUAUCAAUCACCAUCACCCGAUGAAAUUUCUUUAUUAAAUUGUUCAAAAUUAAAUCAAUUCAUUUUCAAAGAGAGAAAUAAUGGUGAAAUUAAAAUCCAAAUUUUAAAAAAAGAAAAAACUUUUAAACUCUUAACUUCAAUGGAUUUCACAUCUGAAAGAAGAAGAAUGUCAGUGGUUUUAAAAGAUAUUGAAACAAAUAAAAUUUAUUUAUAUUCAAAAGGUGCUGAUUCUGUAAUGAUGUCAAGAUUAAAACAAGAUAAUAAUAUCAAUAAUAAUAAUAAUAAUAUCAAUAAUAAUGGUUUAAUAAAUUAUAAUAAUCAAUUAAUAAUUGAAAAAACAACUCAACAUAUUAAAGAAUUUUCAAAUGAAGGUUUAAGAACAUUAAUAUUAGCAAUGAAAGAAAUUGAAAUUGAUCAAUUUAAUCAAUGGUUUGAAAAAUAUAAUUCAAUAUUAAAUUCAAUUGAAAAUAGGGAAGAGCAAAUUGAAGAAUUAAAUAACCAAUUAGAAAAUGAUUUAACUUUAAUUGGUUGUACUGCUAUUGAAGAUAAAUUACAAGAUGGUGUACCUGAAACAAUUGAAUUUUUAUUAAAUUCAAAUAUUAAAGUUUGGAUUAUAACUGGUGAUAAACAAGAAACUGCAAUUAAUAUUGGUUAUUCUUGUAAAUUACUUUCUCAUUCAAAUCAAUUAUUUAUUAUUAAUUCAAAUUCACGUGAUAAUUGUGAACAACAAUUAAAUAAUAUAAUUAAUAAUUUAAAUGAAAUUGAAAAUAAUAAUAAUAAUAAUUUAAAUAAUAGUAAUAAUAAUAAUAAUAAUUUAAAUAAUAAUAAUAAUAAUUAUUCAUUAGUAAUUGAUGGUGAAUCAUUAAUAUUUAUAUUUUUAGAAUUUGAAAAUAAAUUUUUAUCAAUUGCAAAGAAAUGUCAUUCAGUAAUUUGUUGUAGAGUUACACCAAUUCAAAAAUCAUUAAUUGUAAAGAUGGUUAAAAAGGAUACAAAAGAGGUUUGUUUAUCAAUUGGUGAUGGUGCAAAUGAUGUUUCAAUGAUUCAAGAAGCAAAUAUUGGAAUUGGAAUAUUUGGUAAUGAAGGAUCACAAGCAUCACGUGCAUCUGACUAUAGUUUAUUAAGAUUUAGACAUUUAUCAAGAUUAAUUACAAUUCAUGGUCGUUAUUCAAUGAUUAGGAAUGCUGCAUGUAUUAGAUACUCAUUUUAUAAGAAUAUGACCUUCUUUUUCAUUCAAUUUCUAUUUUCAAUUCAUAGUGGUUGGUCAUCACAAACUUUAUUCGAUGAUGCUAUCAUUACAUCUUUUAAUACUGUAAUCACUGCAAUUCCACCUUAUUUCAUGGCACUUUUUGAAAAAGAUGUAAAUGAAAGAGUUUUAGAAAAGAAUCCACAUUUAUUUUUAGAGGUUCAAAAUGGUAAACAAUUCCAGUAUCUUACAAUUGCAAGAUCAGUAUUAGGUGGACUUUAUCAAUCGGUAGUAAUGUAUUUUGGUUUAUAUCUUUUAUUUUUAGAUGAUAAUAUAUUAAACCAGUAUGGUAAAAUUGGUGGACUUGCUAUAAUGGGUUCUUAUUGUGCUUCUUUCUCUGUGAUUUCAAUAUUACUUCAAGCAGCAUUAGAUAUAAAAUAUUGGAAUUUCAUUGUUCAUAUUGGUAUUUGGGGUAGUAUUUUAUUAUAUAUAAUUAUAGCUUUAAUUACAAAUUCUAUGUUACCUUCAAUGCCUCAAUCUUAUCAAGUAUUUAAUUUUUCAUUAUCAUUACUUCAAUUCUAUCUAAUGGUAAUAAUUAUGAUUUUCAUUUCUUUAAUUCCAACUUUUACUUCAAAAUAUAUUAAACAACAAUUUUAUCCUUCUCAGUCCCAAUUAUUACAAGAAAAUUAUAUUUUAAAUAAAAGAAAAAGAAGAAAUUAA